AGUACUUGCACCGGGCUCCUCUCCCUCAGUCCUCAACUGCUUUGCGAGGCUGACGGACCUCACCGGCGUGAUCGCCCCGCAGCUCAGCGCUCCAGCCCUCGCUCCCGCAGCAGCCGCGAAGAUGCGCCACCGCCGUCCUGCCAAAAACCUAAUGCUGCUGUGCUCCACGCUCUGGAUUUUUUGCCAUGUCAGCGGUGCGCGUGGAGCUUUAUCAACAACCCUGAAGUGUGAUGAGACUCUAGCCUUUCCUCUGCCUCACACAGCCUUCACCAGCUCAUCUGUCUUCUCAAAUGGAUACGCACCUGGAUAUGCCAAGCUCAACAGGAGAGGAGGUGCUGGUGGAUGGUCACCUCUGGACAGUGACCAUUAUCAGUGGCUACAGGUGGACCUCGGUUCCAGAAAGCAGGUUAGCGCCAUAGCAACACAGGGUCGCUACAGCAGUUCUGAUUGGACGACACGGUACCGCCUUCUCUACAGUGACACAGGAAGGAACUGGAAACCGUACCAUCAAGAUGGCAACAUUUGGGCUUUUUCUGGAAACUCCAACUCAGAGAGUGUAGUUCGCCACGAGCUGCAGCAGGGAAUCGUGGCUCGCUUCCUUAGGCUUAUCCCGCUUGCCUGGAGCGAAGAGGGGCGCAUCGGUCUUCGUAUAGAAAUCUACGGAUGCUCCUACUGGGCGGAUGUUAUUAACUUUGAUGGCCAAGGUGUAAUUUCAUACCGAUUUAAGGUGAAGAAGAUGAAGAUCAUUAAGGAUGUGAUAGCACUGAGAUUUAAGACAUCAGAAAGUGAGGGUGUGAUUCUUCACGGGGAGGGCCAACAAGGAGACUACAUCACUCUGGAGCUCCGGAAGGCUAAGCUGCUAUUGCAGAUAAACCUUGGUAGUAACCAGUAUGGUUCCAUCCUGGGCCAUACCUCCGUAACUACCGGCAGCCUCUUGGAUGACAAUCACUGGCACUCAGUGGUGAUUGAACGCUAUCGUCGCAACGUCAACUUCACAUUGGACAGACACACUCAGCAUUUCAGGACCAACGGAGAGUUUGACUAUCUUGAUUUGGACUAUGAGCUGACCUUUGGAGGGAUGCCUUACAGUGGAAAGCCAGUAGGAGGUGGGAGAAAGAACUUUAAAGGCUGCAUGGAGAGCAUAAACUACAAUGGAGACAACAUUACAGACUUGGCUCGCAGAAAGAAGCUGGACACCUCCAGCUUUCAGCGCAACCUGUCAUUCUCCUGCGUGGAGACCCACACCUUUCCAGUCUUUUUCAAUUCCUCCAGCUUCCUGCAGCUGCCUGGUCGAGCCAGUCACAACAUGGUGUCUGUGGGUUUCCAGUUUCGUACAUGGAACCCCGAUGGCCUUCUCCUCUUCAGCAAUCUGGAUGAAGGAACGCUGGAGAUCUCUUUACUGGACGGCAAAAUUGUUGUUUACAUCAACACAUCAAAUGCAGCCAGAAACUACCAAGUUGAUCUGUCAUCUGGUUCAGGUCUUAAUGAUGGCCAGUGGCACGCAGUACGCUUGGUUGCCAAGGAGAACUUUGCCAUGUUGACUGUAGAUGGUGAGGAAACGUCUGCGGUGCGUUCCACUUCCCCUCUUAGCAUCAACACAGGAGGAACGUACCACUUAGGAGGCUACUUUUUGCAGACACUGUUCCCGCCAUCCCAGCAUUCCUUUCAGGGGUGUAUGCAAGCAAUCCUGGUGGAUGACCAACCGGCUGAUUUGCACGCUGUGGAGAAAGGCACUGUGGGAGCUUUUGAGAAUGUCAGCCUGGACAUGUGUGCAAUUAUAGACAGAUGCAUGCCUAAUCACUGUGAACAUGGAGGUCGGUGCAAGCAGACCUGGGAGAGCUUCAGUUGUACCUGUGAUGGAACAGGAUACAGUGGAGCUACCUGCCACACUUCUGUCUACGAGCCUUCAUGUGAGGCCUACAAACAUAUAGGCAAGUCCUCUGACUCUUACUGGAUUGACCCUGAUGGCAGUGGACCACUUGGCCCCUUCAAAGUCAAUUGUAAUAUGACAGAAGACAAUGUGUGGACAACAGUGGUGCACAACCUUGCACCAAAGACUGCAAUCACCGGCUCCAGUAGAGAGAGGCGCACUGUUCUGCAGGUCAACUACAGUGCCUCCAUGGAACAGGUGACAGCGAUCACCACCAGUGCAGAAUACUGUGAACAGCAAAUUGCCUACAGCUGUCGCAUGUCCAGACUGCUCAACACUCCAGAUGGGACCCCUUUCACAUGGUGGGUGGGUCGAGGAAGUGAGAAGCAUUUAUACUGGGGAGGCUCGGGCCCCGGCAUCAAGAAAUGUGCCUGUGGUAUCGACCGAAACUGCACCGACCCUAAAUACGACUGCAACUGUGAUGCUGACUCCAGACAAUGGAGAGAAGACUCUGGUCUCUUGGUAUACAAAGAGCACUUGCCUGUCAGCCAAGUUGCUGUGGGUGACACAAACAGACCAGGGUCUGAGGCCAAGCUCACUGUCGGGCCACUACGUUGCCAUGGAGACAACAACUACUGGAACGCUGCAUCAUUCACCACACCAUCCUCCUACCUGCACUUUGCCACCUUUCAGGGUGAGACCAGCGCUGACAUCUCCUUUUACUUCAAGACAAGUGCCCCAUACGGAGUCUUUCUGGAAAACUUGGGCAACACUGACUUCAUCCGUCUGGAGUUGAAAUCCCCGGAGACAGUCUCCUUCUCCUUUGACGUCGGAAAUGGACCCGUGGACCUAACGGUCCAUUCAGCUGCACCUCUCAACGACGACCAGUGGCAUCAGGUGAUGGCGGAGCGUAAUGUCAAAGAGGCAGUGCUCCUGCUGGAUCAGACUUACAGGACGUCCCGGCCGGCUCCUGCUCAGGGUCACACACGCCUGGAGCUUUUUAGCCAGCUCUACGUGGCGAAACCAGCAUCGCUCACCUGCCAAGACAGUGCUGCAGGGGGACAAAGAGGGUUCCUGGGUUGUAUCAGAGCCCUCCGAAUGAACGGCAUUACUCUCGACUUGGAGGAAAGGGCCAAGGUUACGCCCGGGGUCGAGCCUGGUUGUCAAGGCCACUGUACCAGCUUUGGGAUGUAUUGCCGGAAUGGAGGAAAAUGCAUGGAGAGGUAUAACGGCUAUUUGUGCGACUGCACUGCAACUGCCUACGACGGCCCAUUCUGCACAAGAGACAUCGGGGGGUUCUUUGAGGCUGGAACACUUGUGAAGUACAACUUCCUGCCUGAAGUGGUUGCAGGGGCCAGUAAGGAUUCAAAGGCUCUAACAAAGCAGUUAACGCCACAUGAGGUCGAUCUCACCAAGGAGGAACUGGCAUUCAGUUUUAGUACAUCCAGCGCCCCGGCUGUCCUCGUGUACAUCAGCUCAAAGACGCAGGAUUACAUGGCUGUGGUGCUGAAGCAGAACGGUUCACUGCAGGUGCGUUACAGCCUCGGAGGUCUAAAAGAGCCGUUUUCGAUAGAGGUGGAUCAGCGUAACCUGGCCAACGGACAGCCGCACAGCCUCAACAUGUCCCGCCACAACCGCAGCAUCAGCAUUCAGUUGGAUCAUUACCCUCCUGUCAGUUACACACUCCCAGAUGCCUCAGACACACAGUUCAACCUGGUGAAGACUCUGUUCUUAGGCAAAGUCUUUGAAACUGGAUUUGUAGAUCCAGUCAUCAUCGAGCGUUACAACACUCCGGGUUUUAUCGGGUGUUUGUCGCGGGUGCAGUUCAACAGAGCAGCCCCUCUCAAGUCUGCACUGAGAGCAGCAACCCAGGCCGCUGCAACAGCCGGUCAACAAGACACGCAAUCAGCAGCCCCCUUCUCUGUGUCCUACCAGGGCAAACUGGUGGAGUCCAACUGUGGGGCAUCACCUCUCACCAUCCCACCAAUGUCUGCUGCAACAGAUCCCUGGCAUCUGGACAACACAGAUGCCCUGUUUCCCUUUAACGAAGAAAGAGUCAUUCCUGAUGGAGUCAACAGAGACUCUGCCAUCAUUGGAGGAAUAAUUGCAGUAGUGAUCUUCACCAUCUUGUGCACGCUGGUGUUCCUGAUCCGCUACAUGUUCCGCCACAAAGGCACCUACCACACCAACGAGGCCAAGGGCAGCGGGGAGUCCGCCGCAGAAUCGGCCGACACGGCCAUCAUCGGUACCGACAACCCGGAAACCAUCGACGAAUCAAAAAAGGAGUGGUUCAUCUAACGAGCAGUGAUGGGACUCUGCAGAGAGGAAGCUGCUUAGCUCGUCAGACAUGGAGGGGGUUCAAUCAAGAGACCGCUCACUGGAAAGAAAGAUCGCCGGCUUUUCAGUAGGACUCCCAGAAGCAAUGAAAAGUUGGAAACUCGUGUACGGAUUUUUUUUGUUUUGUUUUGUUUUUUAUAUUCAGAAUAAUAGAAAAAAAAGGGGGACACUUAUUCAAUAAAGCACAGCUGUUAGUGACUCGUAUACACUAACCAGCUUGUCCUUCUUUGUAUCGUGCUUGGGAGUUUUCAGGAGUCCUUUGAAUACUGUACAUGACAAAAAUAUUACACUUGCUGGUUGGUGUGAUAGCAAAGAUUUAUUGCCAGUCCCUAAUGCAUUUUGAUUUUCUAUUUUAACAAAAAUAUUAUAUAAAAUGAUCAAAUCUACAAGCCAAACUUCUUUUUUCAAGCUACAGUUGCACCAUUUGUCAACAUUCAUAUUCAUACCACUUAUACUGUGGUGAUGCAGAAAUGACUGUUGAUGCCAAAAGUUUAUUUGUAUAUAUUUAAUAUUUUGUGUUGCUGGGUUUUUUUCUUUAAAGAUUUAUUUAGAGUCCAAACACCUAUAAGAAAUGUCAUAUGUUUAUUGCAGCUGUCUAUUAUAGUAUUAAUUUGUGAUAUGCAGAGUUUUAUGUUUAGAUCUCCUGACAGUGGGUUAUAUAGGAGAUUCUCUCCACGCAGACAGGGAGGAGUUUCUCAAAGAAUGAUGGGAAACUGUGACACUUUGGGGUCAUUUUUGCUCAUCGCCAUGGCAGCUGUUUUCAUUCUCUUUAUUUUUAACGGGAAAAAAAGGCGAGAAUCUUUAUUUAUUGUUUCUUUGCCAAACACAGAAGUCUUACGACCGAUUUUUGAAUAUUUCAUGUUUGGUUUUUGUGCUGUUUGCGGACAGACAUGUCUAUGGUAUACAUCAGUGUGUGUAUGUCAAAUUUGGGUGAAAAGCAAAGGCCAGAGGAACGUCAUAUGGGUGAUGCUCUUGCUUCAAUGCAUUGGAGGCCCUGAAGCAGCAUGAAUCUAAAAAAUAAUCUGUGAACAUCCUAACCGUCCCAGGGACAAGGUGAAAGUAAUUGGCUUAAAAGUCCACAGUGCCUUUAGGAUCAUGUCUCCUUUCCCCACACUGCUUAACUGAAACUUGACUGCUGCUGCUUCAUGAAGUCCUUUCAGGUGUUCUCUUGCUGCCUGACUAACACGGUGCUGUUUUCCUUGAAUGCCAAUCCAAACUUGACUUAACAAUUCAGAAUGAUCUGUUUUGGGGAGGGAAAGCAGCAGACGGCCCUCGAACCACAGAACAGACUGGGGGUUGAAGGUGGCGGGCGGAUGUGGUUUUGUAAGAGCUGAGCCUCACAACAAGCAGGAUGUUUCCUCCUACCCUCUGUGACGCACACACACAGAUGCAAACACUCAUGUUUUAUCCAGCAUGACUCAACAUCUCUUGGUCCAUUUCAAGAGAGACGUGUCCACAUCAUUCUAUUUCUGCUCCACUGUUGCACUGCUGUCCUGCAUAAACAGCCAUAUUCCAACGAAACCAUGCUUCUCCUUAUGUUUACAUUGUGUUACACUUCAAACAAGCUGCCAAUUAUACUUUUUGUGGUGACUUUUCUAUAUCAGUUUAGUCAAACAGCCCCCCAAUUUAACAUGAGGAGAUUCCGUCCAUUGUUAUCAUCGCCAGUCAUAUCAGAGAUGUUGGGGCGGCUGAUGAGUUCAGCCUGCCCUCUACUGAGGCCUCAAAGACCAUUCACCCUGUCUAGAAUCAGACCCAUUUAGACCAACAUGUUAGCCUGAUUUCUUUUUUUACAUAUAUAUCUAUCUGGGCUCAUAAACAGGUAUUGAUAGAAAUUGUUUAUCUGCAAUGACCAUAACCCCUUUUUGUUCCUGAGUUCAAUAAAGAGUGUUUGAUCUAUAAA